GCACGGUGGGUGGGUGGACGGACUGUGGGUCCAUCCUGCUGCCUGUUGUUCCGCCACUCGGCCAAUGGGAGGCCGGCUGUCGAUCAUCUUCGGUCCAAUCAGAGCAGCGGAUUCCGGGCUCCCAUCGAGAGUUGGGUUGUUCAAUCUGGGAGUGAGGAGGACAACAAGCAGUUCCCCCCCCCCCCCCUUCUCGUGUGCGGGAUGGAUGCGUUGCGGCGAUGAAUGUUCCAGUAGAUGUUGAUGAUAGUGGAUAUGGCUGAAAGCCCCAAGAGUUGCUGUUCUCGUCAAACUUAAUGAUGUUUUUCCAAAAAUCUGAUCAAGGCAACAAUUUGUACAAAUGACUUGCUGCCCAGCUAGAGGACGUGCGUCCCACCACUGAGGGCACAUGUGCAUGUGGAGAGAUGGAUCGCUGUAAGCAUGUGGUGCGCCUUCGCCUGGGCCACAACCACUCCAUCCUCAAUCCGCAGAAAUGGCACUGCGUGGACUGCAGCACCACCGAUUCGGUGUGGGCCUGCCUCAAGUGCUCCUACGUUGCCUGUGGACGCUUCAUGGAGGAGCACUCCCUCAAACACUUCCAGGAGUCCCACCACCCGCUGGCCAUGGAGGUGCGCGAGCUGGACGUCUUCUGCUUUGCCUGCGGAGACUAUGUACUCAACGACAACGCGGAGGGAGACCUCAAGCUCCUCCGGGGGGCACUCUCAACUGUCCGAAGCCCGGGCAGACGCUCGCUGCGCUCCUCGGCUUGGGGGGCGUGCACCCACCGCCUUGGGGAAAGCGCCCCGCAGCCUCCCAUGCAGCUGGCCUUGCGCCACAGGAGAAAGAGUCUCCUGGCAAAGAUGCUUCAGCGGUGGAUGAGCAAAUAUCGGGAGCUGCAGAACGAACGCAAAGAGAAGCUGGAGGAGGUGAAAAGACAGAAAAAGGAGGUGAAAAGGAGACUAAUGGAAGAGCUGGGCAGUGUCCCCCCUCGGAAGAGUGCAAGGCUUCUUACUAAGGCGCCGCGUUCGACCAUCACUCUCAUUCCUUGCAAGUUCCGUGACCCUCCGGAACGCCUGCCUCCCCCUCCUCUGAAGAAGCCUUCCCUCCUCGCCUUGUCAAGGAAGGCCCCUCCCAACGGCAGAGCUGCUAAACUGAGGCGGUACUACGCGGCUCACUCGACGACUCGCCGUCGACUCGCUCCAGGGGUCACCGGUCUGCGCAACCUGGGGAACACGUGCUAUAUGAACUCCAUCUUGCAAGUGCUGAGUCACCUGCAGAAAUUCAGGGAGUGUUUUCUCACUUUGGACCUGUGCGAGACCGAGGAGCUGCUAGCCAAGACUAACCACUCGCAGGGGUUGAAGCCUGCGGCGGGAAGUGUUGUCAGCAGCGGUAAGGCGGAGCUGACCUCAAGUCCGCUGGGAAAUGUGACAAUGGGCAACAAGGAGUGCGCUCCGCCGCCAACUCAGGCUGCCGAGUUGGUUCAGCCCAAAGAGCUUCGCUGCUCCACCCGCCAGCAGAUGUCUCUGUGUCAUGAGUUGCAUACGCUUUUCAGGGUCAUGUGGUCGGGCCGCUGGUCGUUGGUGUCCCCGUUCGCCAUGCUGCACUCGGUGUGGAACCUCAUCCCAGCAUUCCGGGGAUACGACCAGCAGGACGCACAGGAAUUCCUGUGCGAGCUGCUGGAUAAGGUGCAGCAAGAGCUGGACACGGAGGGCUCCAAGCGCAGGAUAGUCAUCCCCAUCACCAAGAGGAAGCUCUCCAAACAAGUGCUGAAGGUUCUUAACACCAUCUUUCAUGGGCAGCUACUCAGCCAGGUGACGUGUCUGUCCUGCAAGCACAAGUCCAACACAGUUGAGCCAUUCUGGGACCUGUCUCUGGAGUUCCCCGAGCGCUACCACAGCGUAAACAAAGGCUCCACGGCCUACCAGCGUAGCUGCACCCUUACCGAAAUGCUGUCUAAGUUUACUGAGACGGAAGCGCUCGAAGGCAGCAUUUAUGCCUGCAACCACUGCAACAAAAGAAGACGGAAAACCUCCCACAAGCCUUUAGUUCUUUCAGAAGCCCAUAAGCAGCUUCUGAUCUACCGCUUACCUCAGGUUCUACGGCUGCACCUCAAGCGCUUCAGGUGGUCGGGGCGAAACCAUCGGGAGAAAAUCGGCGUCCACGUGGCCUUCGACCAGGUUCUAAACAUUAGACCCUACUGUUGCAUGGGCUCGGGUCACUCGGUCCACAGGGGCGGCUACACCUACGACCUGUCGGCCGUGGUCAUGCAUCACGGGAAAGGCUUCGGCUCAGGGCACUACACCGCAUACUGCUACAACACAGAAGGAGGUUUCUGGGUCCACUGCAACGACUCGGAGAUGAAGGUUUGCAGCGUGGAGGAAGUGUGCAACACUCAGGCCUACAUUCUCUUCUAUACCCAGAGGUCCGCUUAGGCGCCUCUUGCUGUGACAUGCACCUGGACCUGCUGAGCCUCGCCCAAGUAGACCAUCUUCACACCUGGAGACGAUAGCGAGUCGAGCGCUGGCCUCCGCCAAGGUUGACCAGUUGGAAGCAAGAGUGGAGCAGGAUGAGUAAAACCCUCCCAUUUCAUCACGCUUUUUAUCAAUUGACCUCACAAGGUUCAACUUGGAUGUACUUUAAAGUAGUCAGUGUACAGCUGUAGCUCUAACACACAGACCUUAAUGUGUAGAUAUCUGGCAACACAAGUGAACAUGUUCCAAUAUUGUGAUAAUUUAGUGUAACCAUUAUUUAACUCUGCUUAAAUCCUAUUGGAUGCGGAGUGGAUCAGAACAUCAAUCUGCAAUCUUCUUCCACUCCUCCAUGAUAACAUCACUGCUGGAACUGAAUGUUGCACACAUUUCUACUCCUUCACCUUCCUUCUUUCCUUCCUUCCUUCCUUCCUUCCUUCCUUCCUUCCUUCCUUCUUUAUUUCCUCAGUGCUCAGUUAUGUUAAGGAAUAGAGAUCUCCGAUAAUGUUGGACUGCCGAUACUAUCGCCUGAUAAAUGCUUUAAAAUGUAAUAUCGGAAAUUAUCGGUAUCUGUUUCAAAAAGUAAAAUUUCUGACUUUUUAAAAACGCUGCUGUACGGAGUGGUACACGGACGUAGGGAGAAGUACAGAGCAGUUGCGUCUCCCAGUCAUACUUACCAAGCCUCCCGAUUUUCCCGGGAGACUCUCGAAUUUCAGUGCCCCUCACGAUAAUUUCCCUGGGCAACCAUUCUCUCAAAAUUCUCCCGAUUUCCACCCAAACAGCAAUAUUGGGGGCGUGCCGUCAAGGCACUGCAUAUGCGUGCCAGCCUAAUACCUCUGAUAUCUAUGGCUUUUCACACACACAAGUGAAUGCAACACAUACUUGGUCAACAGCCAUACAGGUCACACUGAGGGUGGCUGUAUAAACAACUUUAACACUGUUACAAAUAUGCGCCACACUGUGAACCCACACCAAACAAGAAUGACAAACACGUUCCGGGAGAACAUCCGCACCGUAACACAGCAUAAACACAACAGAACAAAUACCCAGAAACCCUUGCAGCACUAACUCUUCCGGGACGCUACAAUAUACACCCCCCGCUACCACCUAAACCUCCUCAUGCUCUCUCAGGGAAAGCAUGUCCCAAAUUCCAAGCUGCUGUUUUGAGGCAUGUUAAAAAAAUAAAGCACUUUGUGACUUCAAUAUUAAAUAUGGCAGUGCCAUGUUGGCAUUUUCUUUCCAUAACUUGAGUUUAUUUAUUUUGGAAAACAUUGUUACAUUGUUUAAUGCAUCCAGCGGGGCAUCAUAACAAAAUUAGGAAUAAUAAUGUUUUAAGUCCACGACUGUAUAUAUCGGUAUCGGUUGAUAUCGGAAUCGGUAAUUAAGAGUUGGACAAUAUCGGAUAUCAGCAAAAAAGCUGUUAGCGGACAUCUCUAUUAAGGAGACGGGCUUGUCCACUUCAUUCCCUUCACUUUCUUCAACAAGACAUUUGUCAUCUUGGAGGUGUGUUUCAACUCUGUCCUGGUAAAAAAAGAGCAAGUUUUUCAGGUCCACAGUGGCAAACAGUUUUAUGUUGGUAUUCACGUUUCUCGGCAAUGGACCACAGCUCCUCAAGGCCAGCAGCACUCAUGCAGCCCCACACCAUACUUUACUGUUGGUAAACAAAGAUCUUGCUACUUGCUGGUGUUGCCAGCUAUUUAUACAAUAAUGUCUGUGUGUUGACUCAUUUCCCAGUGGGUAGUAAAGCCAGACUGUGUUAUCGUAGGACCAAAUUUUGCGCGUAACAAACAAGUUCCUUUUCCCGCGUUUCAUUCUGUGCAAUGAAGUGUCCAAUCAAAGAAUUUUACGUGUUAAUGACUCACACUGUGCGCUUUUUAAAAAUGUAGUACCUAGUGCAAAAUAAGCCAUCAGGGUGCCAAAGAAAGUUGCAAGUGCCAGCACUUUGAUAAAGAAGGUGAAAAACACCAAUGAAUUCAAGAAAAAAUGUGUAGCAAAGGUACCUCUCAUUUAUCCAUUUAACUUGUUGUUUUCUAUAUGUGAAACUGUAAUUAUUCUCUCUACAAUGUUGUAUUGUUUUCAUAUUUUUGGGUGUAUCUUUGGAUGUACUUUAUUUCUUAUAAGGAGAAUUUGUUUUGUUUGGUUUGAAACCUUUGGAACGUAUUGUUACAUCAAAUGGAGGUACCACGGUACUGCUAAACAAGCUGUACGCUGACUACUUUAAAUUGUAAUGACUCUACUAGGUUCUUGUAUGAUGGCUCCAUGAAUAAAGAUAAUGUGGGAUGUGUCAAA